GGAUCCUGGAUCUGGGUUAAUUCGGAACGAUGCGUCCUACGGCGUCCUGAGCGAGACGCUCCGUCGUCCGCCGGAUAUCGAUCGCAUCGCGCAGACGGCGAACCCUCCGGUAACGAACCGGAAACCGAUCGUAUGGCAUCCCGCGAUCCAGGAAGGUGGGUGCACACACAAGACCGCCAGGUGGAGGGCACCGCACCGUCGCCGCUGGAAGCCGACACCGCGAUCGGCCAGGAAACCCGGAUUACGAGGAGAGGAAGCGACCGGGCAGUAUCGCGCCUUGCUCCUUGGCAGUUGCGCGUGAACCAUCGAGCGGUGUGGAGCGCUCUCGUUGGUGCUGACGUUGAUGAUCCUGUUCGUCGAUCGGCGGCCGAUGGUACGACGUGUCGCGGUAUAAGGGGGACCACCGGCGACCACGAAGUCGAAAGUCAACGUGCUCGCGCGUGAUAUGACCCAGUCUCGCGAGGUCCUGGCGAUGAUGGACGCGCACACAACCACGUUCGGACGCAAGAGGGGCUGCACGAUUUCCCGAUGCGGUGCCUUCCUGCUGGGCGCAUUCUUCCUCAUCUGUCUGGUCGCCACGGGUCUGCUGGUGUACCACUUUGCGCCCUGCCUCGAGGACAAGCAAGCCAAACAAUGCGAUGACUUUUCAGAAGAUAUUUCGGUUUUAGUGAGCGCGAGGAAGUUUUCGGCGACGCCCGCGAAGAAGAAGGUGGACGUCAGACUUCCUCGAACCGUAGUGCCCGAUUCGUACGAGAUAUGGCUGAUACCGUUCAUAUGGGAGGGUAACUUCACCUUCCACGGCGAGGUGAAAAUUUGGGUGAAUGUGACGGAGAAUACGAACAACAUCACGAUGCAUGCCGUUGAUAUGAACAUAGACAGGGGUUUCACGAGCAUCAAGGAACCUAUAGGCAACAACAAGACUAAGGUAGUUGGAAUCGUGGAGCAGAGGAACGACACUGAGCGACAAAUCUACGUGAUUAGAACGUCGGACAAGUUGAUGAAGGGCAAACAAUACGUGGUGCAUCUCAAGUUCAUCGGCUACCUGAACGAUUACCUGCAAGGUUUUUACAGAAGCUCGUACACCGUUGGCAAUGAGACGAGAUGGAUCGCCACGACUCAGUUCCAACCUACAGAUGCACGCCGUGCUUUCCCCUGUUUCGACGAGCCGGCACUGAAAGCCAAGUUCCAGAUCAACAUAGCGCGUCCCAGAAACAUGACAUCUAUCUCGAAUAUGCCCAGGAGAGGGCAACCGAUGCCAGUGCCUGGCUUACAUACGUACGUUUGGGAUCAUUAUGAGCGUUCGGUGCCGAUGUCUACGUACUUAGUAGCCUUCAUAGUUUCCGACUUCGAUGAACGGAAAUCGGAAGAUGGGAAGUUUAGAGUAUGGGCGCGCCACGAAGCCAUUAACCAGGCAAAGUAUAGCUUGAUCAUCGGCCCGAAGAUACUCAAGUACUACGAGGAGUAUUUCAAGAUCGAAUUCCCGCUGCCAAAGAUGGAUAUGGUUGCUUUGCCUGACUUCGCCGCCGGCGCUAUGGAAAAUUGGGGCUUGAUCACUUAUAGGGAAACCGCGAUGUUGUACCAGGAAGGCGUUUCGACCAGUAGCAAUCAACAACGCGUGGCCACCGUGGUAUCUCACGAGCUCGCGCAUCAGUGGUUUGGGAAUCUGGUGACUCCAAGUUGGUGGACGGAUCUUUGGUUGAAUGAGGGUUUUGCCAGCUACGUCGAGUACAUUGGCAUGAAUGCGGUGGAACCAUCGUGGCGAGUGUUGGAACAGUUUGUCGUUCAUGAUCUUCAAAAUGUAUUCGCUCUGGACGCUUUGGAAUCUUCUCACCCUAUAUCUAUCGAAGUCGGCAAUCCUGAUGAAAUCAGUGAAAUUUUUGAUAAAAUUUCCUACGGCAAAGGUGCUUCUAUAAUAAGGAUGAUGGAUCAUUUCCUCACCACAGAAGUCUUCAAACAGGGCCUGACUAAUUAUUUGAAUACAAAAGCCUAUCAAAGCGCCGAGCAGAACGAUUUGUGGUACGCUUUGACCGAGCAAGCUCACAAAGACAAGGUACUUGAUUCAAGCGUGACCGUCAAACAAAUCAUGGACACUUGGACUCUGCAAACCGGCUUUCCCACGGUCACCGUUACGCGAAACUACAACAACAAUAGUAUGACUCUCACGCAGGAACGCUUUCUGCUUCGUAACAGCAGCAUGACGGUCACAACUCAUUCGGAACCAUUAUGGUGGAUACCCAUCACUUAUACGACCGAGAAGCAAUUAAAUUUCAACAACACUCAACCCUCAAAGUGGAUGAAUGCGGAACGCUCGAUCACUAUGAAAGAUUUGGACGUGAGUCCGUCUCAAUGGAUACUUCUCAACGUGCAAGAAACUGGAUACUACAGAGUGAAUUAUGACAGGACAAACUGGCAGAUGAUAAUUAAGCAGUUAAACAAGCAAAAUUUCAAGGACAUCUCGACGAUCAAUCGAGCGCAGUUGAUCGACGACGCUCUGAAUUUGGCUAGAGCCGGCAAGCUCGACUACAACAUCGCUUUCGACGUUACUUCUUAUUUAGCCCACGAGACAGAAUAUUUGCCUUGGAAGGCAGCCUUCAAUGCUUUAAAUUAUCUCGACGACAUGCUGAUCAAAACUCAUGGCUAUGAUAAAUUCAGGUUAUACGUGUUAAAACUAUUGGAUAACGUGUAUAAGCAAGUCGGCUUUACUGACAAAGCGGGAGAUCCUCAGCUGACAGUCUUCACGCGAAUUGACGUUCUAAAUUGGGCUUGCGACUUCGGCCACGAGGACUGCCUUCUAAAUGCCGUGCAACAAUUCCGCAAUUGGCGCAAUACUCCUAAUCCGGACGUCAAUAAUCCAAUCUCGCCGAACCUGAAAGGCGUCGUUUAUUGCACGGCUAUUCGAGUAGGCGGACAGAGCGAAUGGGAGUUCGCUUGGCAACGAUAUCGCUCGACUAACGUUGGAUCGGAGAAGGAUCUGCUCUUACAAGCGCUAGGCUGCACAAGGGAGCCGUGGCUACUAAAUCGAUACUUGGACUGGAGCGUCACAGAAAAUACAGGCAUCAGGAAGCAGGAUGCCGCCCGAGUAUUCAACGCGGUAGCCAACAAUGUCGUCGGACAGCCGAUCGCGUUCAGUUACUUCAGGAACAAGUGGGCGCGCCUCAGGAAGUACUUCGGAACGUCGCUGUUAACCGUCAAUAACAUUGCCAAGUCGGUUACUAGAGGAAUAAGCACGAGAUAUGAUUUGAAAGAUCUGCUGGAGUUCGCGAUCGAGCACAAAGAAGAGCUUAGCAGCGCGACACGAGCCGUCCUCCAAGCGGUGGAGCAGGCGGAAGCCAACAUACGAUGGAUCGACAACAAUCACGCAACGAUACGCGGCUGGUUGCGAAGAAACACCGCGUAAUAAAUACGUCCGACAGAAAAUCAGUCUUCCGUGGUAUCAAGUUUAUUUCGCAGAGCGAUGCUUUCCGAGUGACACAAUUGAUAUAUCGCGCGCGAACGAUGCAAUUCUCCUUCGAGUUUGCCGAAUUAGCGCAAAGAUUCGUCCAUUCGUCCACACAGCAGACGCGCGGAACAAAAUCGCCAAAUAGUCCAUCGGCUUGUACAAGAAGAUAUUAUGUGUUUUUGUAUGUAUUUGUAAAUAUAUGUACGGCCAGCAUUAUCACAUGUACUGGGCGUCGCGUCGGCAUGCGAGUCAAUAUGGCGGGUAAAACGAUUUGCAACACUUUUUCAUAUUUUUUUUUGCUCUUUUUAAUGACAAAAAUGAAUGUAAACCGUCUUGCAAACGAGUACACCAAGCUCCAACUACAUUUGUGCCCGAACACGCGCAUCUGUCGGCGAAGCGAGUAUGCAACCCGUCAUACUUACCAAUAUGUCGAUGCCACACCUUGUACACGAUAUUUAUAAGAUCAACAGAGCGGGCUAGCUCUCCGGUGUAUGCGGGUUUACAUUCCCCAUUAUAUCGCUAGAUUACAGGGGGAUUUUGAAUAUCUCCCGAGUGAUAACGUUAGGAAUCUCUUCAAAGUGUUGUCUUGGAUCUUGCCUCGUGGUCGACAUCGCUCCGGACUCGAAGAAGAAGAAAAAGUAAUUCGCAAAUUGAGCAACGGAGACGAUUCAGGUUCGCGAGAUGAGAGUUCGCGGGUACUGCGGAAGGCGCGAACUCAUUAGAAAAUCUUUUGACUUUGGAAAUGUGCGUGAUUUGUCUUACGUUAAGCGUUCAGCCGAACAGCGAUCGAUAACCACGAUAUUGAAAUGCGCAAUAGAGAAACAUUGUAUGUCGAAUCGUCAGCAUAUAUUUGUAAAAAAAGGAAUAAUAAAAGUUAAAGUAAUGGUUGUCAUGAAUCGCCAGAAAGAAGAUAGCAAUUAAACACAAUGACGUUUUCUUUUCAGUGCAAAGAAAAUCAAGAGCUAUCGUGCGCAAAAGAGAACGUUACCUCGUUAAUAAGAGCCGCGUUUAUCCAAUGAUCGUUGAGACAUUCGUUAUGACAUAUGUUGAAAAUGACUAUUUUGAAUCGCCUAUCAAC